AUGCUGGACCCCAAGGACUGUGGAGUGACAAUGACGUCCACUCAUAAGAUUUCAUUUUCUAUAGUUGACAUAUUGGAUCCGAAGAAAUUCAACAGCAAAAGGGUAAACGAACUUUCCAUCGUCACGGAGAAGUUUCCUGUGCCAAAUGCGGAGGGAACAAGUCUGGAGCCGGACAGCGCUGCAGGCGGGGACUUCAGACUUGAUCGCACGGAAGCAGUGGAAGAAACAGGAGAUGAACAGUCCGCAGGCUCCAGGCGUCAAGCAGCUGAUGCAGACCCCCUUCUGCUCUCCACAGCGCCUGAAACAGAGCCUUGUCUCACUGCGGAGCCGGACAAUGGAGAGUCGGCGCCCCCCGCGCAGGACCCCUCACCGCACAAGCGGCGGCGCCCGGACCAGGCUUGUGCCAAACCACGGCGCGCCAGAACAGCGUUCACUUACGAGCAACUGGUGGCUCUGGAAAACAAGUUCCGCACGACUCGCUACCUGUCCGUGUGCGAAAGACUAAACCUGGCACUGUCCCUGAGCCUGACCGAAACCCAGGUGAAAAUUUGGUUCCAGAACAGGAGGACCAAAUGGAAAAAGCAGAACCCCGGGGCGGACAGCACCUUGCAGCCCGGCUCCAACUCAUUGGUCAGCGUCAGUCAAAAUCCGCCCACGUGUGGGUCAAGCCCCGCCAGCUUCCACCAAACUUUCGCCAACUUCAGCUCUGGGAAUGUUAUCUUCCACACGGCCGGUGGUGUUCCGCUUUCAUCCACUGGGGGGCUCUUGCAUCCCUUUAUGCCCAGUGGUUUCGUCCAGCCGACUUAUUUUAGUCCACACCUAUGA